UAUUUCUAAAUUACUUAAAACCCUAAUAAAUUUCAAUUUUUCAUAUUUUAAUCUUCCUCCGUCAAUAGAGCAUCAAACAAAGAAACAGCACAAGUGCGAGCAAUGGUGACUCAGUACGGCAUCAAAUACGCCGUCAAUCUAAUCACCGCUCACUUCGGUGAUCUCGUCGCCAAAGUUUGUGAGUGUCUUCUCCGAAAAGGACCGCUAACUCUACAAGCGAUAGUCCGGUCCACGGAGCUCACUUCUUCUCAAGUCAAGAACAGCUUACUUGUUUUGAUUCAACACAAUUGCGUUCAAGCUUUUAUUCUCGAUCAAACUGGUGAGCAUGGCGAUGGAGCAAAACAGAGCACUCAGUACAUAGCAUUGUUCGAUAACAUAAUUCAGCGUUGGAGAUUUCCCAAGUUCUUGACUAUGGUCUCCAAGAAACUUGAUAAACAAUGUGCUGAACUUCUUGAGGGUUUGCUUCAGCAUGGAAGGCUUUCCCUCAAACAAAUGUUUGAUCGAGCAAAAUCAGGUCAAAAUGGAGGAGAUGAUGUUGUACAAGAAGCCUUUGUUAAGUUACUUAAUGCUCAUUUUAUUGAACGAUGCCCUGCCUCUGAACCAGUUCUCACUAACCCAACUAAAGAAGAAGAAGCUGCAAGGAAGCGAGCUGCUAAGUCUGGCAAGAUACUUGAAGUGCAAGAAACAUUAGAGCAACGUGUUGUGGAAGCUGCCAUGCCUACUGAAGCCUUAAGAUUUUUGUUUGCAACAGAAACUGAACCUACUGCUGAUGGAGGGAAGGAUAAGAGCAAUUCCUCUAGUGUGACACCUGGCGAGAAGCGCAAGCAUGAUGCUUUAGAGUCAGAGGCAGAAUGUGGGGCUACAGAUGAACAAGUGGUUCUUUGGCGUGCUAAUUUUGAUGAGUUUAUAUGGUGUCUUAGGCAUAAGGCUUGCAUUGAGAAUGUGAGGGCACGCUUCGAUGAUGGAGCUGUUAUUGUCUUUGGUGCAAUGCUGGAAGCAACUAGAAGUGCAGAGAAGAAAGUUAAAACAGAGAAUUCAGUUCCACUGUCACUCAGUUCCAUUUACGAAGAGGUGAUAAAGAGUGAAGAAGGUCGUAAUAUAACCUUUGAUCGUGUUAGAGCCUCCCUUGUUCAGUUGAGUUGCCCACCCUUUGUAAAAGCAGCCAAUGAGUCAUACAGUGUUGAUUUCAAGAAAAUAAUUGAACUAGCUCAGAAUGAGGAGGUGGAAUCUAUUGUGUUGAAAAGAUAUGGAAGGGAUGCAUAUAGAAUGUUCCGGCUACUAUCGAACAGUGGUCACCUACUUGAAACUGAUAAGGUUGCAGAUGCCACAUUUGUUGAGAAGAAGGAGACGCCAAUAAUUCUUUAUAAACUGUGGAAGGAUGAUUAUUUGCAAUUGGAGAAAUUACAGAUAGGAGUUAAACAAAUACCCUUCCAGUUGUGGAAGGUGAACAAGAACACUCUGAAGGUGCAUGUUCUAGAUGAGAUGUUCCAUGCUGCCUUUAAUUUGAGCCAACGAGUGGCAUUCGAGUUGGAACAGGAAAAGGAGCUUUCGAAUGUCCUGCAAGAUAAGCGUGUUAACCGACUAAGAAAACGAUUACUCUUGGAAUCAUCACAGAUGAAGCUUGAUGAUGCCAUCAUGCUUUUCCAUGACUUCUGACAGAGCCAUACCAUUUCCUGGGGUAAGGGAGGGAUGUGGUGUUCCACCAUAGGAAUUCCAAGUGGGGUUACAAGAAUGUCCUACAAUAUUAACUUAUUUGAUUGAGUCCACUCAACUGUUGGAAGUCGUUCUGCAAUGGUUUAUACAUAUAUAUAUAUAUAUCAUAAUCCGUGUUUAUCCAAUAGAGAUUACAUUGGUUUUGCAUUGCUGUAACAAUAGGAAAUGAAAAUGGGGAUUAAUGGAGCAAAAUCACAAAAAGAGAAGAAAUCUACAAUAGUAAGUGGCUUCUUCCUAAGCUGUAAUCCAAGUUUCAAAAA